UCUUUCAAUACCAAUAGAAUUUUCUUGUAUCUUCCAUCCCGUUCUGCUACAAAGAACCCAAAAUCUAGCUAGAUGCUUCAUCAACCCAAGAAAUUCUCAUCAACACUAACAAAGCACCGCAAGGAAAAUAUCUAGGGUCAAAUGUCUCGUCUUCAUUCCAAACCCUGGAGCUUCCUGCUCUUCCUUUCACUUUACCUUCUGCCACUCCGCUCUGCUGUCGGUGCCGGUCCCGGUCCCAUUAGCCUUAGCCCACUUAAUUCCAACUGCUCCGGCGAAGCAUACACUAACGGCAGCGCCUUCCAAACCAACCUCAACACCCUCUUCUCCUCCCUCAACUCCAAGUCCCCCACCGCCAACUUCUUCAACGACACUGCCCUAGCGCCGACUGCGCCAAGUGCUUGAACAUAAUCUUUCAGGACAUUAAGAGCUGUUGCAGUGGCCAUGAAGGAUGGCGAUUCCUAAGUCCCAGCUGCAGCAUUCGGUAUGAGGCCAUCUCUUUCCUCCGAAACCCAAACUUCAUACCCCCCGAGCUCGUGGUGAGCACAUGCUCUGACGACGAAUUCCCAUCAGGCUAUGGCAAUUGGAAACAAGACCUCAACAAUCUGCUUUCUUCUCUAACAAGCCAAGCUCGUGCCAGUGGCUUCUACAACACCAGUGUCGGUGUUGACCCGGACCGGCUCUAUGGGCUCGCACUCUGUAGACCUGAUCUUGCUCCAGAAAGCACAGCCUGCCUGAAUUGUCUUAACGACGCGGCCGCUGAUGCGGUCGACGACUGCCCCAACAACACUCAAGCCAUCGUCUGGCACGAGAAGUGCCUCUUGAGGUACUCCAAUCGAAACUUCUUUGGUGCAGUCAGCAACGACAUACGGGUUCUAUGCAACCAGUUUAAGAUAUCAGAGGCAGAGGAUGCACCUGUGAUUCAAAUGAUGACGAGUCUCGUCGACAAGGCCCCAGAAAGCCCAAGAAUGUUCGCAGCCGAUAUGGUAGGAAACGGCACCGCCUAUGGACUGGUGCAGUGCACGAGAGAUCUUAGCAGAGAUGGUUGCAAGGAUUGUUUGAGCGAAGCGCUGGGAAACGCGACGACGACAUGCAAGCAGAGGAAAGGUUGGCGGUUUUUGUCAGGGAGUUGCACGGCGAGGUAUGAGAGCACUCCGUUCUUUGACCCCGGCAUAUUGGCGGCAGAUGCACUGGCGCCAGCUAGGAAAGCGAAUGUGGACUCGUUGCCUCCGGUCAAGAGCGGGGGGAGUGUUUGUGGGCCGAACUUUAUGAUGGUAGCAAUGAUUUGUCUAAUGGUGACCAAUUCCAUGGAUGUUAGUAAAUAAAUUUAAUUAUAUUAUUAUUA